AUUCAAAUAUAUAUUAAAAAAUAGAGAUUUUAGGCUAUAAAAUGUUGCUCGAAUCAUCUCAUUAUGAUUAUUCCUUCUAAAAUUACAAUCCAUUAAAUUCCACUUAAACAAGCGAUACAAGUCUGGGAAAAGCAACGCGUCUACCUGGAACAUAACCUAGCAAAAAUGGGUGUCCAGUUGAACUCUAUUGUAAUUGUUGACAGCGCAUAAAAAAAAGAAGAAAAACACGAAAAACGUGACGCUGAUUGAUUUCGAACGCAUUGAUUCUUGAAUUGUUGAGAAGAAAAAAUUGACCGUCGCCUCUAAUGUUUGGAAACGAGGCAGGUAUGCUCGCAAAACUUGGCUUCUUGUUAUUGCUUGUUUGCACAGCAUGCGUCUUGUUUAUCGCGUUCACGGAGAAAGGCUUACGACCGCAGAGGAAGAAUGCAAUUCCCAUGCAAGCGACGGUAGUUGAGAUACCUGGAAAAUCGUCGAACAGUGUCAAGCUUAUAAUCGAGCCACUUUGCAACUCUACUUUCCUCGCGUGGAUCGUCACGUCGUACGCGGGUGAUCCUUCGGCUAGAAGCGCCUUACGGCGAGCAUACGCGAGCGAGGAAUUACAGACUUUGGGAAUUAGAAGGGUAUUUCUGCUCGGUACGUUAAGCGAUGAUGCUCAGAGGAAGACUCGCGUGUCGCAGAAUGCUUUGUUGGAUGAGUCGCGUCGAUUCAACGACAUACUUCAGGGAGACUUCGUGGACACGUACAGAAAUUUGACCCGGAAGCAUCUGAUGGGUCUUCGGUGGGCGGUGAACAAAUGCAGACAUCUUCAGUACAUCGUGAAGAUGGAUGACGAUAUAGUCAUAAAUCUAUACGGCCUAUUGGAUAAGUUACAUGGUGUAGUAGAUGAGGACUCCUUGACCGGCUAUGCUUUGAGGAAUAUGAUUCCCGUUCGAGAACCGGCUAACAAGUGGUAUGUAAGCGAGGCGGAAUAUGCGGGUAGUAUCUAUCCGGAUUUCGUUUCCGGCUGGAUGUACGUUGUGCGUCCGCAGAUGGCAAAUCGCCUGACUAAUUACGCCGAGUCUUCCAACGAAUACUUCUGGAUAGACGACGUGUUCGUGACCGGUGUUCUGAGGCAAGCUUUGAACAUAAAGAUCCGGAAUAUCGGGGAGUUGUACACGACGGAUCAUAGAUAUUUGGAAUGUUGUAUGAAGGGAAGAAAGAGCUUGUUGCAAUGCGAAUUCCUGAUCGGUCCUAACGGGGGCGAUGCAGAGUUACAAAUAAGAUUCAAGGAAUUCGCCAAAUUCUGCCACACGAAUUGUUCCGUUCGUCCUGCGACUAAUCUUGUGGGUAAAACCUGCGUGGUGGCUUAUAAGGAAGCAAAUCUACACAAAGGUGCGGUCCAAAUAAAUACUGUUCACAUUUUGUAAUGUAUGUAUGUAUGGUGGCAGUAGGGAAAUCGGUGCGAGAUCAAUAUGUGAUUUUAUGAAGAAUAUUUUUUAUACUUAUCCUAUUUAUUCUUGUAUACAAAAUUUGUACAAUAUUUUACAA